GUGAAGAUUUGGGACGUAGUUUGAAAGCAGUAAGAGACAAAAACAAACUGGAAUUUAUCACCUCAUGCGUAAAAUUUCACAAACAUUCAACACGUAAGGUCAAAAUAGCGCGAUCCAGCGAAGGGGGGGACAGGACUGUGGAGGGAACGACGCUUAUGGACUGACCGCAACAACAGAGACCAGCCUCCUUGUCCCUCCAAGUAAGACCUGCAACUUCCUGCUUAAGCUUAAACUCUUAAGAACUUUGAAAACAUCCGCACCUGCCAUUCCAUUUGUGGAUUCCUGAAACUUUUGGCACACUUUUACGCACGCAUCCUGAGACAGUCUCCUAGCGCCGUGUGAUUAUGUGAGAAACUUUCCUAAUCCGGCCGAUGCUGCAGUUCAUGAUCAAGUUGUAAACUGCAGGAGGGGAAGAAGGAUGCUUGGAAAAUAUUUCUAACAAGCGGAGGAGAAAAUAAAUCUUUUGGCGUGAUUUGAUUGAGCAGAACUGAGGACAGUAAAUCACAGAAAGGCAAGUGGGCUGCAGAGGUGAAGCGAGGACAAGACAGGUUGGUGUCUCCAAAUUCACCGGGCUCGAGUUUCAGCCGCUUCGGGGGCUCCUGGUAUUAAAGUGCCCAUCUGACCUGGGAUAAGUUGUCAACAAGAGCAGCGAGCGGAGACAAACUGGCAGGUGUACAUGUUCAUUUACAUGCAUACGUAUAUUCACGCCACUAUAUAUAGAAGUUGUCUAAGGAACGAGCAGCCUUAAGAAGUUUCUCCUCCCGCCCACUGGCCCUGCAGCAGCUCUACGCACCGGGCGUGUGCGUGUGCCUAUAUAUACACCAUACAGGCUUUUAUUUCUCCUCGCAAUCUGUAUCCGAGAGGUCUGCCCGCGGUCGGUUUGGCUGUGAGGGCAGGAGUCGUCGCAUGGACUGACAUGGCCACCGACCUCGCCAUGAGCGCAGAGCUGCCCAACAGCCCGCUGGCCAUCGAGUACGUCAACGACUUUGAUCUGAUGAAGUUUGAGGUGAAGAAGGAGCCGCCGGAAGCCGACCGCUACUGCCACCGCCUCCCGUCCGGCUCCCUCUCCUCCACCCCGAUCAGCACACCCUGCUCCUCCGUGCCUUCCUCGCCCAGCUUCUGUGCCCCUAGUCCGGGCGCGCAGCCCAACCAGGGCCUUGCCGGCGGCGUCAACAGCAGCGGCAACAGCAACAACAGCAGCGUCAACAACAAUCACAGCAACGCGAGUAAGCCUCAGCUGGAGGACCUGUACUGGAUCCCCAGCUAUCAGCACCACAUCAACCCCGAGGCGCUCAACCUGACCCCGGAGGACGCGGUGGAGGCCCUCAUCGGUAACGCGCACCAUCAUCACCACCACCACCAGGCCUACGAGGGCUUCCGCGGGCAGCAGUACGUCGGAGAGGAUCUGUCCUCGGCCUCGGCCGCCCACCAUCACCAAGCCCAUCAUCACCACCAUCACCACCACCACGGCCACCACGCCCGCCUGGAGGACCGCUUCUCGGACGAGCAGCUGGUCAGCAUGACGGUGAGGGAGCUGAACCGGCAGCUGCGAGGAUUCAGCAAGGAGGAGGUGAUCCGUCUGAAGCAGAAGAGACGCACCCUGAAGAACCGGGGCUACGCGCAGUCCUGCCGCUUCAAACGCGUGCAGCAGAGGCACAUGCUGGAGACCGAGAAGUGCACCCUGCAGAACCAAGUGGAGCAGCUGAAGCAGGACGUGGCGCGCCUUGUCAAAGAGAGGGAUCUAUACAAGGAGAAGUACGAGAAGCUGGCCAGCCGGACCUACAAUGCCGGUGGACCCGCGAACACGAGAGAUCCGUCCGGGAAACAGGCCAACACCGAGUUCUUCAUGUGAGAGACUCAUGUUUGUAGAAUAGACUGAACUACACCUCCACCGAAACACUCUUCUUACAUUAAUUUAUAUUUUUCUGCGUUUGUGUUUUGUUUACAGUUAUCUUUUCAGAAAAGACGUUAAAGCUCAACAUCUUAACAAUUAGGCCUAAAAACUUAGGUGCGUUUUAUUUGUAAGUCUUAAAAGAUGGGUAGGCUAAACUUCUGUAAGCCUGUCAGGCGGGUACAUGGGAUCACUUAGCCUGUAGACUUUUUGUCUUCUCAGAGGUCUUACUGAACCAAUGACAUUUGAGGUGACUGUCUUAAUUCACAGAAAGCGCGACAGUUUUGUCUUUAAAUGGGACAACAAAUGAUUUCUUUUUUUAAGUCUGAAUGAACUGAAAGAGAAGCAGAAGAAGCAACUCACCACCUCUGUUCAAGCUCCAGGAGGCUCAAAAGACUGUUUCUGUGAAAGAGAGGCGCACUGAUGCAGAGACCUUUCAAUAAUGCAAGUGUAAUAGUUCCCCAUCCCUAUUUGCAACCCUGCAUGCAGGACAUGUAUGGUAAACAACCCCCCAAACACACACACCUCCUGUCAUCUCCCAGAAUCCUUCCACAUGUAUGGAAAGCAUGACUCAUGGUUCUCUUUCUCCCUCCUCCAUCAGUAAAGCCUGGGUAUGCAGAAAAGCCACAAAAAUGUCUCCUUAUACCCUUCAAACCACCCCCCUCACCCCCCAACCCCACCAGAGAGGUGCAAGGACUGCGGACUAAAAUGCAAAAACAAUCCGCGAUAUUGCGUAAAAUGGAUGCGUCUUCAACUGCUAUUUUCAAUCAAUUUUUCUAUUGUUUUAAAAAAGAAAAAGGAAAAAUGACAAAAAGGGAUUAACUGAGCCAAGAUUUUAGACUAUUUAUUUCCAUCUGUACAUAAUAUGUAGAGAAAAAAGAAAACAGUUAACUGUGUUAUUUUAUCUUCUCUCUUUUUAAAGCUUUUGUUGCUUGGAUUAUUUGAAAUGUCUUAAUACAAAUGUUUGUAUGUUACAGCAUGCAAAUUGUCUAUGGUAUCCUCCUCCUACUGAACAUGUGUAAUGUCAAAGGCAAGCCUGUACUGCACUAAGAAGAGAUCAAACUGGGCAAAUGUUCUUUUAUGGGGUUUUAGACCUUUGAUCUGCUUAAAAAACUGGAUGUAAAUUUGAUCCUCAGUUACUGGAUGGACAAGAACUGCAUCCGCUGCUAAAACUCUAUGCACCAAUCUGAUGGUUAAAGGUUUUCGAUUUCUUUCUUUUUCAUUUUAAAUUUAAGUACUGGUAGUAGAAAAUGUUGUCGGGCCUGUGGGUUUCUCUGCAGCUCGGUGGGUUUAAAACCGUCUGAUAGGAGGAUGCUUGAUGUUCGAGAGAGAGGGGGAAAAGAGGAGACUUUGUUCUUGCAUUAUUCUGUCAACAAGAAGUCCCUGGUUCGUGUGUUUUCUGAUGCUUAGAUAUAUGUGCAAUAUUGUGCAGAAGUGCCCGAUGCUCAGCCAACCUGUUGGAUCAGACGUGGAGACAAAAACGUGGCGUUUAAUUAAAAAACGGGGGAAAAAAAACAAAACAUGAAUGAGCUUGAUUUUUACCCUUGAAACGAUAAUAAAUAAUUUGACUACAUUAUUUACAUAAAAAACACUUAAAUAAAUAAACAAAUAAACAAAUUCCAUUUUAUUUGUUUAAUCAGUUUUUAAAAGUUUGGAUCCGAUUUUAACUAAUUUAUCCUGAAAUAAUUCAUCCUUAAAUAAUCCCGAUGUGAAGAUUAAACGGAGAUCAGGAAAGCAAACUUCUGCACAGUGCUGUAAAUGUAUAUCUGUACAUAUAAUUUCUAUAGUUAUUCAAUGAACGUGUCCUGACGUGUCAACAAGUGAAAAUCCAACAAAGUGGAACGUUGUUGAGAAAUCUUGUUUUCAUAAUGUUUAAUAAAAAG